AUGGUUGCUCCACUCAGCAGAAAUCAAGAAGCAUCAAAGAAGGACUUGAAGAAAGAGAAGUCUCUAGCUAUCAAGAUGAUAUUUGAUGAAGAUAAGGACAUGACAUGCCUCGCGAGAAGGUAUCAAAAAUUGGAAACGAAACAUAGAGGCUUACAAAAUGCAGAAAACUCAAACAGAGCUGUAAAUGUAAACCACCUGUGCCACAAGUGUGGAAAGCCAGGUCAUUUCAUCAGAGAUUGCCCUAUGCAUAAGGUUGAAGUCAAAACUUAUCAAAGACCUGAAGGAGAGAAAGGCAGAAAUAGGGACCCGGUCUCCGAUAAGAAAGUAAGAAAAGUUACAGUUGGCUACAUCAUGAAGAAAGCUUUUGAUGUAUGGGGAGACUCCUCAAGUGAGUCAGAUGAAUUAGAAUGUCAUGUAGAUGUACCCAUGCUUGCAGUCAAAGGUGAUAAAGAUGUGUUUGAUGCCACAUUUGCCUUGAUGGCAAAAUCUGAUGAUGAGGAAGAUGAAGAAGAGGUAACCCUUUCCGAUCUUAAACAAAACUUGCAUGUUUACUGUGUUAAGAAGUUAAGAAUUCUAGCUGCUGUUUUGAUUGACUCUAUCAUUGAGUCAACAACUGAAACAGAGUUGAUGAACAAUAGCCUAGAUAUUCUUCAUGAAGAAAAGGGAGCUUUGGUUGACCAAAUGUUUGUUGUGGAAGAAAAUGUGAUAGUUCUAGAAGCUGAAAAUCUAGAACUCAAGCAGAGAUUGAAGAUGUUGAGUGAGAAAUCUGGCAAAAGAAAAGAAGAGGCUAGUAGAAUGCAAAUGAAGCUAGAAACUAGUCUGGACACUGCUGAAACAAAACUUGCUAUGGCCUUGGAGAGAAAUAAUCAGUUGGAGAGGGACCUGGUCCGCGUCAAAGAAGAACUGAACAAAUCUCUCAAAUUGUCCAGAUCUUCAAAAUUACUUGCCAAUCAUCCCAGUCAAGGUCAAAAUGAUAGGAAACGGUUAGAAAAUUCAAGCAAAGGUCCUUGUUACAAUCUCCAAAACAAAAAUGUGUCUAUGCAUGACAAUUUGUUGUGCUUUCAUUGUGGUCGUGAGGGUCACUUGAAGAAGGAUUGUCCAACUUGUAAAAGGAAUCAAGAUAACCUCGCAAAAUCUUCUGAACAGAGGAACAAGAAAAAGAAGAGACCUGGUCAACAAAGCAACAAGCAAAAGAAGGGACUUGGUCAGCACAAGAACUUGCAGAAGAAGGGACCUGGUAAACAAAAGAACUUGCAAAAGAAGGGACCUGGUCGUGCUUCUGUUCCUAAAUUGAAAAAGAUCAAUUCGCCUCACUGGACAAAUUAUUCUCUUAUCACUCCUUUAACUACUUACUGGGAACUCCAACUAAAGUGGGUUCCCAAGGCUAACACGUGA